CCAUCCGCCUUCCUCACCACCUACCACACACCCCUUCAAUUGCAUUCAACCCAAUCACUACUCUGUACAAAGUUCUUACUUUGCAUCAGUUACGCCAUUGUCUAAUACUAAUAAUACCCAAACCCAGCAGUAUACACUAAAAAAAUCAUACUGUAGGUCCCACAUGCAUAUGCGCUCCGGGCAUUGGCUAACAAGGCACUAGUAGGAGUGGAGCAGCGAUGGCCAGCCCAGCAGUUUGCACGCCAGUGAGGAACUCUCACAAGAGUGCCUUCAACCUCCGUACCGCCGGCGGUCGGAUGCCACUGACACCCUCUCCCCGUACGCCAACCCGCCAGCUCUCUGAUGUGCCCGGAGCACAGCAGGAGUCCAUCCAUGGCACCAACAACUUCAUGUCACGCCUUGCCGGCCGGUCAGUCUCCAAGACCUCAGUCCGUGACUCGCCCAAGUCAAACAUUGCUCGGUCCAACAACUCCCCUCGGCGACUCGAGCUUGGCGUAUCAGACUGGGCCUUGACCGGCACUGGCAACACGACAUCGACAAAGCAGACACCUUUGAAGUCGCGAAAGGACGGUGUCAUUCGCCCCCGUGUUGGCAAGUCGAGGAUCACAUACAAUGCCGCCGACCGGUUCAUCCCCAACCGGACUGCUAGCGACGCCAUCUGCAACGUUGGCGGCAAGCUUGACCUCGAAAAUCGACCCAAGUCAAGCAAAGGCGAGGGCUCGGCGAUUCUUGCUACCGCUGCGAGCGCCUUUGACCUCGGCGGACGAGGAUCCGAAGACGAUGUCACCCUUUCCCUCGAAGGCCUGUGUCUGGAUGACGAGGACGACGGCGAGAUUUACACUAAGCCGUCGCCAAAUGCAGUUGCAUACCAAUCAUCACUAGCCUCAGCAUGUGGUGUGUCCCUCAACACUCGCAUACUUGCAUUCAAGCCUGCUCCUCCCGAGUCAUCGAAGCCCAUUGACCUCCGAUCGCAAUACAACCGACCCCUCAAGCCAGCUGGAGGUAUCUCAGCGCAGUUCCGUCGCCGUGUGCCUUCAGCACCGGAGCGUGUUCUCGAUGCACCAGGUCUUGUUGACGACUACUACCUCAACCUCCUAGACUGGUCUUCCGGCAACCAGGUCGCCAUUGGCCUCGAGCGUUCAGUUUAUAUCUGGUCUGCCGAGUCUGGCAAUGUCUCAUCACUUCUUGAGGUUCCCACCGACACCUAUGUCUCCUCGGUGAAGUGGUCCGGUGAUGGUGCUUACGUCGGUGUCGGACUUGGCACGGGUGAGGUCCAGAUCUGGGACGUUGAAGAAGGCACCAAGCUGCGAAGCAUGUUCGGCCACGAGACUCGCGUUGGUGUUAUGGGAUGGAACAAGCACAUCCUCUCCACCGGUGCCCGCUCCGGUCUUGUAUACAACCACGACGUCCGCAUUGCUCAGCACAAGGUCGCCGAGCUCGUCUCUCACACUGGUGAGGUCUGUGGUCUGGAAUGGCGCGCCGAUGGCGCACAGUUGGCUACUGGCGCCAACGACAACCUCGUCUCCAUCUGGGAUGCCCGUAGCCUCCAGGCCCCGAAGUUCACCAAGACAAACCACCGUGCUGCCGUCAAGGCCUUGGCAUGGUGCCCAUGGCAAUCCAACCUCCUGGCCACUGGUGGUGGAAGCCACGACCGUCACAUCCAUUUCUGGAACUCCACUACUGGCGCUCGUACCAACAGUAUCGACACUGGAUCGCAAGUCACUAGCCUGAGGUGGAGCACCGGCUACAAGGAGAUCGUCAGCAGCUCCGGCUUCCCGGACAACAGCCUCAGCAUCUGGAGCUACCCUACCCUUGUCAAGAAUGUCGAGAUCCCAGCCCACGAGUCCCGUGUUUUGCACAGCUGCUUGAGCCCAGACGGACAGAUGCUUGCGACUGCGGCUGCGGACGAGUCUCUCAAGUUCUGGAAGUUGUUCGAGAAGAAGGCGGGCGCAGGAGGCGCAUCGAGGGAGAGCAGUGCCACUGUCAAGGCGAGCGUCGUCAAGCAGAUGACGAUUCGUUAAGUUUGAUGGCCUGAUAGCGGAAGAGAGUCAAUGGGGGUUUGAGUUUAGCAGUUGCUUGGAAGGAGAGUUGGUUGGGGUGGUGUGAGAGCUUUGGUCUUGCAAUAAUAUGUCAAGGUGCUUCAGCGAUUGCGCAGGAGAGGGAGAGAUGGUAGAAGGAGA